CUACAGGGCAGUUGAGCGAUACAGCGUCAUUUGAUGAUGAAGACUUAUUUUCUCGUUUUUUUUCUUCUCUUUUGCUUUGCCAGCGCCAAAACAAAGCCGGCAAAGAGAGAGUUGAAAUGCGGUACUGACUUUCCAAAGAAAUUGUCUGGAAGACUCUAUAUGGUGAACGUGACUGAGUCGGGAGGCACAUCUAAGUGGGAAAUGACUUACAACAUGGACUCAGAGCUUGAGAAGAUGCAGACAUUGACAACAUUUAAUGGCGUGGAAUAUAACACGAUAUGGGACUUUAAAAUGGGCAAGGCGUACACGGUAUACUCUGGGAGAUGUUUUGUUUCACCGAUUGAAGAUGAUGAUGUAUUCAACUCGGAGGAACUCAAGAGCUUGACUUUCGACACUAAAGGAAAGCUUGGAAUGAAAGGCACCAUGGUUGGAGUGUAUGGAGGAAUAGUAGUCGGAGUUCAUUUGACUAUAACUUUUGAGUCCGGCGACCUAUGCAUACCAGUCAGUUUUGAUUCAAAGGAAUCGGGAUCUGCCACCUUUGGAAGGUUUUUCGACUUAAAGACCAGUUCGGAUCCUAAAAAGUUUAAGAUACCAGAACAUUGUAGUGAAUCGUCGCCGAUGCAGCACAGAUCCCCUCCAGAUAUGAUUCAUCCAUACAGAAUUCAUACCGCGAACCUUCAGGCAGCUAUAAAGAGGGGAUUCGCCUGGCUCCUUCCUAAACGCGAUCAGAAAAUGGGAUUUUCAUGGAGUCAUCUGCAAAGGAAGGGAUACCCCUGAACUAACAUGCAUGUGGCUGACAAAGAGUGAUUCUCUUGCCCCGUCAAAGGAUAACAUACUGAGAAUGGACCGUCCUAUCCUUAGUCAGUCGAAUUUCCUUUUAAUAUUUGAAUCAAUGCAAUCAAGAAUGUAGUUGUUUUUUUGUGAAAAUGAUAUUAAAGUUGAUUUGUUUAUCA